AUGCAUUGGUCGUAUUUGGAUACGUUUCUGCUUUUGACAGUUUCCGUCCAUCUGAUAAGAGCUCCAUACACCAAGGUGGAGGAGAGUUUCAACAUCCAGGCGAUCCAUGAUAUUUUGGAGUACGGUAUCCUCGAUGUGUCGCAGUACGACCAUCUGAAUUUUCCCGGUGUGGUUCCAAGAACUUUCAUUAGUGCUCUCGUUGUGGCUGCCGUGACUAAACCGUUUGUAUGGAUUUCGUCACUCUUCGGUGCUGCUCCAGGAGGGAUCGAUACACAACUGCUUGUUAGAUCUACCAUAGGUAUGUUCAAUGUCCUUGGGUUUGUGUACUUGAAGAACGCCCUACAAGCACUUAUGGACAAGGACGUGGAGAAGCAAGUCGAGGAGAAAGGGUCCAGUUCCGAGAACAUUUACACAUUUUCGUCUGCCGGCAGCUGGUUCAUUUUAUUCAUCGUUGGAUCGUUCCAUUUGAUGUUUUACAGUUCAAGACCACUACCCAACUUCAUUGUCACGUUGCCCCUUGUCAAUGUGGCACUAGGCUGGGUUUUGUUAGGCCGUUAUAGAUGGGCGAUUUUUUUACUGUCACUGACGGCAGUUAUAUUCAGAUCGGAGGUCGGAGGUGUUACACUAGGUGUUGCUCUUGGUGCUCUAUUCUUCAAAAAGAUAUCAUUCUACAACACUAUCAAAUUUGGAUUUAUGGGGGCCGUUCUCGGUAUGGGUAUCAGUUUAACUAUCGAUUCGUAUUUCUGGGGCGUUUGGUGCGUCCCUGAGGUAGACGCCUUUUUGUUCAAUGUCAUUGGCGGGAAAGCUGCAAGAUGGGGGACGGAACCGUUCUUAGCUUACUUUACGAACUACUUGCGAAUGCUGUUCUUACCACCAACGGUUCUGUUCUUGAAUUACUUGGGGUAUAAAGUGGCACCAAACGAAUUGAAGAUCAUAUCGUUGGCGGCGUACUUCCACAUCUUCGUAAUGUCCUUCCAGCCACACAAGGAAUGGAGAUUUAUCGUUUAUGCCCUGCCACCAAUGUUCGCACUUGGAGCAACAGCAGCGACUUACCUAUGGGAAAACAUCAAAGUCCAAAGUUUGAAGAACGUUUUCAUGCUCGCUCUACUCCCUGUAUCUGCAGUUCUAUCGUUUGCAUUCUCAAUGUUGUUCCUAAAUGUAUCCUCCAUGAAUUACCCAGGUGGUGAAGCUCUUGUUAAUUUCAACCAAUACGUGGUAAGGAACAAUGUCAGCAAUGCGGUAGUUCAUAUAUCUGUGGCGCCUUGCAUGACAGGGGUAACUCUAUUUGGUGAACUAGACUUACCAGGGUAUAAUAUCACAUAUGACAGAAGUGAGGAACUUGAUCAGCUACAAGAGAAAUGGCCGCAAUUUGACUACUUGAUUACAGAAAGCUCUUCUCCAUCCGAGUAUGAGUCAAACUUGGGUGUUACAAGUGAAACGGAGUGGGAGCUUAUCCAGACAACUCAAAUGCUAACGGGCAUUGAUGUGUCGUAUAUCAGCCAAUAUGUUUCAAACUUUGCAGAGAAAUAUGGAGAAGCGCAGUUGGGUUCUGUUCUAUUGAACGAACUUAAAAAUCUUCCUACUUUUGCAUUGGAGUUGUUAAGUGGGAACACUUUCGUGGAUAUUGUCAAGGAUAUCUAUUCUCAUACUUUUAAGAAGGGUGAUGUAUUCUUCACCUUCAAGAAGGUUUCGAAAUAG